AUGCCCCAGCUGGUGGAAUGUGUCCCCAACUUCUCGGAGGGGAACAACCAGGAGGUGAUCGAGGCCAUCUCAAGUGCCAUCUCCAAGACCGUGGGCUGCGUGCUGCUGGAUGUGGACGCGGGUCCUUCCACCAACCGCACUGUCUACACUUUUGUGGGGCGGCCAGAGGACGUGGUUGAGGGUGCCCUCAAUGCCGCCCGGAUGGCUGCCCGUCUCAUAGACAUGAGCAGGCACAAAGGGGAACACCCUAGGAUGGGUGCUUUGGAUGUCUGCCCCUUCAUCCCAGUCAGGGAUGUCAGCAUGGAAGAGUGUGUGCUGUGUGCUCAGGCCUUUGGCCAGCGUCUGGCAGAAGAACUGGGUGUGCCCGUGUACCUAUAUGGGGAGGCGGCAACGAUGGCCAGUCGCCGGACACUGCCAGCCAUUAGGGCUGGGGAAUAUGAGGCCCUCCCUGAGAAGAUCAAGAAGGCUGAAUGGGCCCCCGACUUUGGUCCCAGCACCUUUAUUCCUAGCUGGGGGGCCACUGUCACUGGGGCCCGGAAGUUCCUCAUUGCCUUCAACAUCAACCUGCUUAGCACCAAGGAGCAGGCACACCGCAUUGCCCUCAACUUGCGGGAGCAAGGCCGUGGGAAGGACCAGCCAGGACGACUGAAAAAGGUUCAGGGCAUUGGCUGGUACCUGGAUGAGAAGAACCUGGCUCAGGUGUCCACAAAUCUCCUGGACUUUGAGGUCACAGCGCUGCACACUGUCUAUGAGGAGACCUGCAGAGAAGCACAGGAGCUGAAUCUUCCAGUUGUAGGUUCUCAGCUAGUGGGCCUGGUGCCUCUGAAGGCCAUCCUGGAUGCUGCAGCCUUCUACUGCAAGAAGGAGAACCUCUUCAUCCUGGAGGAGGAGCACAGAAUUAGGCUGGUAGUGAAUCGGCUGGGCCUGGACUCCCUGUCUCCCUUUAAUCCUAAGGAGCGGAUCAUUGAGUACCUGGUCCCAGACGGCCAGCCCGAGGAGUGCCUGGUAAACAAGUCCCUGGGCGCUUUCAUCCGAGAGGUGGGCGCACGCUCGGCAGCCCCCGGAGGAGGUUCAGUGGCGGCGGCUGCUGCAGCUAUGGGCGCGGCGCUGGCUUCCAUGGUGGGACUGAUGACUUACGGGCGGCGCCAGUUUGAGCACUUGGAUGCAGAGAUGCGGCGCCUGAUCCCUCCGUUCCAUGCAGCCUCAGCCCAGCUGACUGCGCUGGUGGACACCGAUGCCCAGGCCUUCACAGGUUACAUGGAAGCACUGAAACUGCCCAAGAACACGCCUGAGGAAAGGGACAGACGUGAAGCUGCUAUGCAGGAUGGACUGAAGCAGGCAGUGGCCGUGCCUCUGUCUCUGGCAGAGAAGGUGGCCUCUUUAUGGCCAGUACUGCAGGAGCUGGCUCUGUGUGGGAAUCUGGCCUGCCGGUCAGACCUGCAGGUGGCAGCCAAGGCAUUGGAAACAGGUGUGUUUGGAGCCUACUUUAACGUGCUCACCAACCUGAAGGACAUCACCGAUGAUGACUUCACGGACCAGAUCCGUCAGCAAGUCUCCAGCCUCCUGCAGGACGCCCAGACCCAGGCUGCACUGGUGCUGGACCGCCUGGAGGCCCGGCGGGAAUGA